CUCACCGGAGCCACUGGCAUGAUCGGCUUCCGGACCCUAGUCUUCCUCCUCGAGGCAGGCUACAAGGUCCGCGCCGCCGUCAGAAACCAAGCCGGCUUUGACAGAAUCUCACAGCUCGGACCCGUCGCCCCAUAUGCCUCCCAACUGAGCAGCAUCAUUGUCCCAGACAUCACCGUGCCAGGAGCCUACGACGAAGCUGUCAAGGACGUCGAGUACAUUGUGCAUGUCGCCUCUCCGCUGGCAAGCAACGCUCCCCCGGGCAUUGACUAUGACAGCUACAUGAUCCAACCAGCCAUCCACGGCACUGUGGGCAUCCUCGAGUCGGCAAUCAAGACAACAAGUGUCAAGAGGAUCGUCAUUACGGGAUCCGUCAUGCACCUCGUGUCAAUCGACCCAUCUCAAGUCAACAUCACUUUGCUAACCUUCUCUCACGCAGAGGAAUCCCGAGUCCCAACGUCUCAUGGCCCCUUUACAAACGUCAUGGACGCCUACGCCGCCUCCAAAUCCGCCGCCUUUAACGAGACCAAGAAGUUCGUCGCAGAAAAGAACCCCCCGUUCGACGUCAUCCACGUUCUCCCCCUCUUCGUCCUAGGACGCGACGACACCGUCACCACCGCCGAGCAGAUUGUCAAGGGAACCAACAAGAUCCUCAUGGCUCCUCUCCUUGGCACACCAAGGCCUCCCAUCCCAGGCGCCCCAGUCCACCUCGACGACGUCGCCCGACUCCAUGUCCUCUCGCUGGAUCCAAAGGUUGAUGGCAACCAGGAUUUCUUGGCCGGAUCCCAUUCUCUCGAGCCCUUUGAGUGGAGCGACUCGGUCAACAUUAUCAAGAAGCAUUUUCCGCAGGCUGUGGCGGAUGGCGUGUUCAAGUUUGAGGCUGCCGAGCAGCUUGUGACGUUCAAGACGCAGGUGGACAGUACCAAGGCGGAGAAGAUGUUUGGGUUCAAGUUUAAGAGGUUCGAGGAGCAGGUUGUAUCUGUCGUAGGCCACUACUUGGAGCUGUUGGGUAAGAACUAG